GAAACAAGCAGCUCGAAUACUCCUGUGCGUGUUGUGUUUUUUGCUGUUUGUAAUAAGUCUGGUCACUGUUUGGGUUCACACUGCCUUUAUGAGCUGUAACACUCACUGCGAAGGUCUGCAGGUCUGCAGGUUUAGUCCUGAACCGCGAGACGAUGAACCCACUGGGAGGAACAACAACUCCAGACGUCCUGCCUUAAGAGCUGUAACACCGCGAAGGCCUGCAACUUCACUCCUGAGGCAGCGAGACCUCGAACCUACCAGAAGGAAAAAACUCCGAACACAUCCAAACAUUAGAAGGAACGAACUGAGGACACGCCGCCUUUAAGAAUUGCUACACUCACUGCGAGGGGCCGGGGUUUCAUGCUUGAAGUUGUCUCCCUCCGUUGCCCAGGCUGGAGUGCAAUGGCAUGAUCUCGGCUCACGCAACCUCUGUCUCCCGGGUUCAAGCAGUUCUCUCACCUCUGCCUCCUGAGUAGCUGUGACUACAGGCAACAGGGAGGGAGCGGCUUUUAUGCUCAAAAGGAAUGAGUCCCAGUGGCUGGCACAGAGAAGAAGGAGCGAAACAUCUUUGAGCAAGAUGGGUCUCUACCGCAUCCGCGUGUCCACUGGGGCCUCGCUCUAUGCCGGUUCCAACAACCAGGUGCAGCUGUGGCUGGUCGGCCAGCACGGGGAGGCGGCACUCGGGACGCGACUGUGGCCCGCACGGGGCAAGGAGACAGAAUUCAAGGUGGAAGUACCGGAGUAUCUGGGGCCGCUGCUGUUUGUGAAACUGCGCAAACGGCACCUCCUUAAGGACGACGCCUGGUUCUGCAACUGGAUCUCCGUGCAGGGCCCCGGAGCCGGGGACGAGGUCAGGUUCCCUUGUUACCGCUGGGUGGAGGGCAACGGCGUCCUGAGCCUGCCCGAAGGCACCGGCCGCACUGUGGGCGAGGACCCUCAGGGCCUGUUCCAGAAACACCGGGAAGAAGAGCUGGAAGAGAGAAGGAAGUUGUACCGGUGGGGAAACUGGAAGGACGGGUUAAUUCUGAAUAUGGCUGGGGCCAAACUAUAUGACCUCCCUGUGGAUGAGCGAUUUCUGGAAGACAAGAGAGUUGACUUUGAGGUUUCGCUGGCCAAGGGGCUGGCCGACCUCGCUAUCAAAGACUCUCUAAAUGUUCUGACUUGCUGGAAGGAUCUAGAUGACUUCAACCGGAUUUUCUGGUGUGGUCAGAGCAAGCUGGCUGAGCGCGUGCGGGACUCCUGGAAGGAAGAUGCCUUAUUUGGGUACCAGUUUCUUAAUGGCGCCAACCCCGUGGUGCUGAGGCGCUCUGCUCAUCUUCCUGCUCGCCUAGUGUUCCCUCCAGGCAUGGAGGAACUGCAGGCUCAGCUGGAGAAGGAGCUGGAGGGAGGCACACUGUUCGAAGCUGACUUCUCCCUGCUGGAUGGGAUCAAGGCCAACGUCAUUCUCUGUAGCCAGCAGCACCUGGCUGCCCCUCUAGUCAUGCUGAAAUUGCAGCCUGAUGGGAAACUCUUGCCCAUGGUCAUCCAGCUCCAGCUGCCCCGCACAGGAUCCCCACCACCUCCCCUUUUCUUGCCCACGGAUCCCCCAAUGGCCUGGCUUCUGGCCAAAUGCUGGGUGCGCAGCUCUGACUUCCAGCUCCAUGAGCUGCAGUCUCAUCUUCUGAGGGGACACUUGAUGGCUGAGGUCAUUGUUGUGGCCACCAUGAGGUGCCUGCCGUCGAUACAUCCUAUCUUCAAGCUUAUAAUUCCCCACCUGCGAUACACCCUGGAAAUUAACGUCCGGGCCAGGACUGGGCUGGUCUCUGACAUGGGAAUUUUCGACCAGAUAAUGAGCACUGGUGGGGGAGGCCACGUGCAGCUGCUCAAGCAAGCUGGAGCCUUCCUAACCUACAGCUCCUUCUGUCCCCCUGAUGACUUGGCUGACCGGGGGCUCCUGGGAGUGAAGUCUUCCUUCUAUGCCCAAGAUGCACUGCGGCUCUGGGAAAUCAUCUAUCGGUAUGUGGAAGGAAUCGUGAGUCUCCACUAUAAGACAGACGUGGCUGUGAAAGACGACCCAGAGCUGCAGACCUGGUGUCGAGAGAUCACUGAAAUCGGGCUGCAAGGGGCCCAGGACCGAGGGUUUCCUGUCUCUUUACAGGCUCGGGACCAGGUUUGCCACUUUGUCACCAUGUGUAUCUUCACCUGCACCGGCCAACACGCCUCUGUGCACCUGGGCCAGCUGGACUGGUACUCUUGGGUGCCUAAUGCACCCUGCACGAUGCGGCUGCCCCCGCCAACCACCAAGGAUGCAACGCUGGAGACAGUGAUGGCGACACUGCCCAACUUCCACCAGGCUUCUCUCCAGAUGUCCAUCACUUGGCAGCUGGGCAGACGCCAGCCCGUUAUGGUGGCUGUGGGCCAGCAUGAGGAGGAGUAUUUUUCGGGCCCCGAGCCUAAGGCUGUGCUGAAGAAGUUCAGGGAGGAGCUGGCUGCCCUGGAUAAGGAAAUUGAGAUCCGGAAUGCAAAGCUGGACAUGCCCUACGAGUACCUGCGGCCCAGCGUGGUGGAAAACAGUGUGGCCAUCUAAGCGUCGCCACCCUUUGGUUAUUUCAGCCCCCAUCACCCAAGCCACAAGCUGACCCCUUCGUGGUUACAGCCCUGCCCUCCCAAGUCCCACCCUCUUCCCAUGUCCCACCUUCCCUAGAGGGGCACCUUUUCAUGGUCUCUGCACCCAGUGAACACAUUUUACUCCAGAGGCAUCACCUGGGACCUUACUCAUCUUUCCUUCCUCCCUCCUUUCCUAUCUUCCUUCCUCUCUCUCUUCCUCUUUCUUCAUUCAGAUCUAUAUGGCAAAUAGCCACAAUUAUAUAAACCAUUUCAAGACUAGAAUAGGGGGAUAUAAUACAUAUUACUCCACACCUUUUAUGAAUCAAAUAUGAUUUUUUUGUUGUUGUUAAGACAGAGUCUCACUUUGACACCCAGGCUGGAGUGCAGUGGUGCCAUCACCACGGCUCACUGCAGCCUCAGCGUCCUGGGCUCAAAUGAUCCUCCCACCUCAGCCUCCUGAGUAGCUGGGACUACAGGCUCAUGCCAUCAUGCCCAGCUAAUAUUUUUUUAUUUUCGUAGAGACGGGGCCUCACUAUGUUGCCUAGGCUGGAAAUAGGAUUUUGAACCCAAAUUGAGUUUAACAAUAAUAAAAAGUUGUUUUACGCUAAAGAUGGAGAAGAACUAGGACUGAACUAUUUUAAAUAAAAUAUUGGCAAAAUAUAGAGCAUCAAAAUUUUCUGGGUUCAUAUGCUUGAUGUGGUAAAGAAUUAAAAAUUUUUUAUUUUUAUUUUUUUUGAGACGGAAUCUUGCUCUUGCUGCCCAGGCUGGAGUGCAAUGGCGCGAUCUCGGCUCGCUGCAACCUUCGCCUCCCAGGUUCAAACAAUUCUCCUGCCUCAGCCGCCCAAGUAGCUGGGAUUACAGGCGCCUGCCACCACGCCCAGCUAAUAUUUUGUAUUUUUAGUAGAGAUGGGGUUUCGCCAUGUUGGCCAGGCUGGUUUCGAACUCCUGACCUCAGGUGAUCCGCCUGCCUUGGCCUCCCAAAGUGCUGGGAUUACAGGUGUGAGCCGCCCUGCCCGGCCUAAAAAUUUUUAAAAAUUAAAAAUUGUCUUCUAACUGGAUAGGAUUUAACUUGUGUCCUGAAACCAGACACACUACAAAGGAAACCAUUAACAUAGUGAGUCCCAAGAAUGUUUGAAGAUUUUCAUUUCAAGGCUCAAGCAGAAAAUAUGAAACAAAAGUCAGCUGGUUGAACUGAAGAAGCUGCUCCUGGCUGGAGAUACGUGGCCUUAGGACUUCAGCCUGAGGCAUCGGUGUCUUAACCCAUCUGCCGUUCACCAGUUGGCAAGCUGCAAGUUAAUAUAAUUAACUGGAAGAAGACUAAACAUUUCAUUAUUAUCAUAAUGAGUACAACAACGGAUUCAAUGAACUUCAACUUCUGUAUCAUGUUACAAUUUGGGGAAAAUAAACUUGGAAAUUUUCUUUUUUUUUUUUGAGACGGAGUCUUGCUCUGCCACCCAGGCUGGAGUGCAGUGGUGCGAUCUCAGCUCACUGCAACCUCCGUCUCCUGGGUUCAAGCAAUUCUCCUGCCUCAGCCUCCCAAGUAGCUGGGAUUACAGGCGCCCACCACCAUGCCCGGCUAAUUUUUUUGUAUUUUUAGUAGAGACAAGGGUUCACUGUGUUGGCCAAGUUGGUCUCGAACUUCUGACCUCAGGUGAUCCACCCGCCUUGGCCUCCCAAAGUACUGGGAUUACAGGCAUGAGCCACCGCCCCCGGCCUUUAUUUCUUAAUGUGAUCAUCUGUGAGUAUUUUAAAACAAACUAACAGUAUACACAAAACAAAAGUGUUUCAUUUAUAAUGUGAAUAAAGUUGCUUCUUGCCUCUGAUUCUGUUUAAUUCUACAG